CUUGCCCAGCCGUCAGUGGAGCAAGGAGUGUGUACGUGUGUGUGUGCGAGUGAUUCUCCAGCGGCUGUGAAAUAGCGCUGGGAUCAUCGGCCUUUUUCAAGAAAGCGAUUGGGAAUUUAAAUGCGAUAGACCACGAAGUGUGCGUUGGAGAAGUGCUCUUGUGAUUGUGUGUGUGACCUGCUGACACGCGUUGGUCCCGAUGCAAGUUUGCAGAGACAGUGAGAUAGAGAUAAUGUGAACUGUGUGUAGGAAAAAAAACACACACAAGUGAUAAGACAUUUUCGGAAAUCCACACCCGAACGGAAGGAAAACUUGGAAUUACAGCUAAAAGUGGACGUAGACAUAAAAAAAAACGUAAAGGCGUAACAGAGCAAAAGGCCAGGACACCAGCACACAGUCCCCGCCAGGAAGAGCCACGGUGUCCAGUCAUGUGGCAGUGCCUGGGACGCCAUUGCCUCCGUAGCUCGCCACUCCCAAACGCAGCGGCCACACACUUCGUACCCCUACAGUAACUAACCCUUCCUCCCCCUUCUCCACACACCCUGCCCACCUUUCUCCCUCGGCCCGGUGUGCCUGUGGUGGAAGAAGGAUUCGCGUCCACUCCUUCCUCAUCGACGGGUGGAGGAAGUAUCCUGCGGGGGAGCCUGUAUAAACGGGGACCUCAGGAUCGGUGUUUGAGCGGAGAGCUUUGGUUUCGAAGGGCCCUUUCGAGGAGCGUGGGAACACCUCUCCCCGUACCCUCUUCCUCUUUCGCUCUCUCUCUAGCUCUUUCUCCUUUUCCACUCCUUUUCCUUGUUUUUUUUUCUCAUUUUUUGUUCCUCCUGUCCUGUCCCUCAGUUGUUUUGACUAACAGUCUAUUGUCUACCUUAUAGAUAUUAUUCUUCCUUCAAUUUUCCGCAGAUAAGCUCUCGCUUGCUCGCUCUCUCUGUCUCUUCAUCUAUUUCUGAUUCGCAUUAAUUCCCUCUCCUUCCCCCUUUCUUUCUUGCACUGACAGCACCUCCCUUGACACCAUCGCUGAAACCCAACCCUUCUCUCUCUCUUUCUCACUCACUCACUCUGUUCUUUAACCGCACUUGUUGUCCUUCUUUGUUUCCUGCACUCUUAUUUAUCAUCGUCUACAGUCCCUGUUAUUCUCAGCGCGUCUCUGUUUCACCUUCUCUUGCCUACUCCCUUUCUUCCUCUCCUUCCUCUCUUCACACUCCUUUAUCGGGUGUAUCUCACGUCCCUAAGCAAGUGGCCCUCUGUCGACGCCUCAAGACUCGCCUCUCUGUAAAUAAUCAAACUCACCAUCACUCAUCAUGAGUGGUAGUGGACUAACUGCAACUGGGCUGGUAGUGCUACUACUAGCCAUUAUAGGUAUAGGUGUUGGAUUAUAUUAUGCCUAUAUAUGCCUUAGAGCUCGACCACUCCGUCCCCGACAGCCCCCAGACUCAGAACACGGCCCCUUGAUAUCACCAGAUCCAGAUGUAAAUGGGAACCAUGAGGAUGUCCCUCUUGAGGCUUCAGCCCCUACUGAUGAAGAGGAUCCAGAAAAAGUUAAGAAAAUAAUAGAGGAACCCAACACUAAGAAAGACCCUGCAGACCCACCUGCCUCUGAUAGCCCUAAAGAUUCCAAAACUCCCAAUGGAUACCCUAAGGAAAAAGAUGAAGUCUUUGUGCCUGUUGAGGAAGUAGUUGCACCAGCAAAAAUCUCUCAUGAAAAGGAGACAGUCCCAGUAAUCAAUCAUGUAGCUCCUGUAGGAUUAGUAGCUCCUCUGGGGCUGGUUGUACCUGCAAAGACAGAACCAUCACCUAAGCCCACACAACCUGAAGAGCCAGAGAACAAGGCAACUCCAAAGACAUCACAGCCUGAAGCCAAGAAACCAGAGUCACAGCCACCAGCUAGUGGAUCUCCACCUGCACCUGUCUAUGUCCCAGUUCCACUUGCUGUUAAGAAACCUGUAACUGACAGUGAUGAGGAAGAUGGCCUUCUGCUUCAGAAGUGCUCACCACACGAUGACAGUCUUGAUCCAGAACAAUGUCCUCAGUUAACAGCUCUUCCUGAACAGGGAAAAAGUACACCUGAGCCUGAUGCUGAAGCAUUGCCAGUUCAGAACCCACCUUCUUCAGAGCCUUCUGCUCCUGAAGCUCCUGAAACUCCCACUCCAGUGAAGGCAGCAGAGGCUUCUCCUCAAACUGAGGGACCUGAGAUUGUUGUUGUACCGAAGCCUGACGCUGACUAUGGUUGGAAAGAAAAUAUAGUUCCAGUGAAAAGAGCCCCAGAUUCUGUGCCUCCUCCAGUAGUAGAACAACCAGCUACUCCAUUGAUGAAAGAAGAUGUUGAAAAUUUGCAGCCUGUCCAUAAAGUAGAUGUCCCAAUAACAGCAGAUAUUGAGGAGUUAGAUGAUCCCGUUGAGCCAGUGUUUGAGGUGAAAGAUAUAUCAAGAGAUUUAAAGGCAUCACCACCCCCAAAGCCAGUCAGAGAGGAGAAACCAAUUGAAGACCUGCCUCCUGCUGCAGCUGCAAAAAAUGAUGAGCCAGUUGAAACACCACAAGGGCUAAAGUCAAAAGAGAUCCCUGUAGCAGUAACAUCUCUUCCUGAAGACCCAGUAGAGUCAUCUGAUGAUUCUGUUGAAUACCCACCUGUUGUUUACUUAGAAACCCGUCAGCCAACACAAGAUGCAAGACCUGCUUCUGAAUGUAGCGGGUCAUCAGAGGAGGCACUUCCACCUUACCCUGAUUCAACUCCUGAAAAGGAAACAACAGCAAAGAAUGGAAGGGAAAAGGCACAAGUGGAAGGCCCUGCAGCAGCAAAGGAGGAAGAUGAAGGUUCAGAAAGAAAGACUAAACCAGAAGUAGUAGAAUCCCCUAUUAUAACAAAAGCUCCACUUCAGACAGAUCCAGGUCUUCCUUUGGCAAUGCCUACAGCUGUCCCUACAAACAAACCUAUGAAUGAUGCACCAGAUGCCCCUCUAGAAGCUUAUAUACCUGACUUGAAUGAAGAGUAUGGUCUAGAUCCUAUGAAUCCAGAUGACAAUUCCUUAGCUGUUAUCAAGGAAGAGGGGAGUACAUGUACUGAGUCUGAGACAGAUAGCAGUGAACCUGAAGUAACAGAAUAUUCAUUCUCUUCGGGACCAACAGCCCCAACUACCUCAGAUAUUCUUGCAGAUGAAGUAAGCUGUUCUAUGGAGCCAGAGGUGACCAAAUAUUCUGUUAUUUCUGAUGUAGAAGCAAGCAUACCUCCAGAGGAAUCGGAGAGCUCUGACACAGAAAUGAGUGAGACCGAAACUGAUUCAGUUGUGCUCUCCACGUCUGUGGACCCUGAGGAAAAAGCAAAUGCAUCCUUAGACCAAAAGCCUGGUAACCCAAAGCCAUGCCAGAGUGAACCAGAUUCCUCUACAAACGAAGUACUUACAACUCCAAAUACUACACAUCAAGGAGACAGUGUCCCAGUAACCCCCUCAGACUCUGUAUGCACUCAGUUAGCAGACUCAACCAAUGCUCCGUCUCAUGUAAGUUUGUCCAGCACAGAUGAUUCAGAAGAUGAAUCUGAAGGAGCAGAGGCAGAGCUUGAACUGAGGGAGGAAGUUGUUGAAAUACCAACAGCAACACAGAAUGAACCUUCCGAGAGUGUGACAGCUUCUUCUUCUGACUUGCCAACUUCUUCAUCAGUAGUAGAGGAAAGCUCAGCUCAAGUGACCAAGAACAAAAAUCCUCCAGAGAGACUAAGAACAGAAGAAAAGAAAAAUGGCACUUUUCAAAGCGUUCCCGAUUCAACAGAUAAUGAUUUUAUGUCAACUCCAUCAUCAUCACCUUGCAGUUCAGACUUGUCAGACGAUGAAGUGACAACAUCAACCCCAAAAAAGUCUAAAAUUCCUAGAUUAGUAAGCCACCAGGAAUCAUGAGAAUGAAACUUUGUAAGUAACCAAGACAUGUAGCUGUUGUCUUUAUAAUGUGAUAGAUUCAUAAUUAAGGCUGUGUUCAGGUGUGGAAUCCCUAUUUAGCUUUUUUUUCUCUUUUUUAUAUUGUAUUUUUAAACUUUUGUUUUGGGAUAAUAAUGGUUCACAUAAGUUCCUAGGACUUUUAGGGUUUAAAGUUCAACAUUUUUUGUGAAACAUGUUUCAUGGGUAUCUAAUUCAUCAAAAUUGGCAUUAAAUCAGUGAAAAAGAAGAGUACUGCUAGGAGUAAUGGUUUAAUGUCUUGUUCACCUGUCAAAAUAGUAUUGUAAAAUGUUACAAAGAUAUCUACCUUUUAUAAAAGAUACACAAGUGACAAAACAUGUGUCAGUCAAGCAAAACUAUAUUUUUUGAGAGUAUCAUUAGCAAUUUAAAGAAUGUCAGUUGAAAUUCGGAUUUGAAAGUGUGCCAAAUUAUAAACUAGAUUUGAUUUCCCACAAGGAAAAAUCAUGGAAUUACCUAUUGGCAUGGUAAAUCUGCUGUUGUUAAUGGGUUCUUUGCCGUCUUUUUUUCAACUAGCUGUCGGGGAUUGGCAUCCCUUUAAAACCAUCACGUUGUAGUGUUGGAUGUUAUGUCACAAGUUGUUUUAGAAUCAGUGUUCUUGUAAGUGUUCAAACACUGUACUAUACACUUUGUCAGUAGGCAUAUAUAGAAAAGCAAUGGAAUGAGACAACAUUCUGCCAAAUGUUUAUAUAGUUGUAUAUUUAUAUAUAUAUGAAUGUUUAAUGUUGCUUCAGAAAUUGCAGAAAGUGGAUCUGGUUUUAGGGGAAACGCUUUGUUGUAUACUCUGAACAAAAAAGUAAGAGUAAAUUUGAUGCGAUAAACUUGGGAAAAAUUUAGAUAUCAUAUAUGGUUGUAUGUAUUCAUGUUUGUGAAUGGGGGAUCAAGCUUUUUGGUUCAUGGAAAUUGCCGUGCAUAAUAGUCUGUGUAUUCUCCUUAUACAUAUAUAUUUCCAUUGAUUGUAAGGGAGUGUAUCACCACUGGAUAUAUCUGGAGACUCAUCAGGUACCUUUAUAUCUGGCCUUGAACUUACUGCCAUUGCCAUAUUUGUAGCACAUUCUUCCUUUAUGGGUCAUUUUUUAUUUUAUUUUUUUUUACAAAGUAGUCUGAACAGUUUAGUGUUUCAGUUUUGACAAGCAAUCUUUCCUUACUGAUAUUAGAGAGUACAGAUGCAAAUAGACAUUAAAAUGAUACUCAAGUUCAAUGUAAUGCAAGUUUUAAUGUUAAGUAAAGAGGAUAUUUUGUACCUUUAUGACAAAUGUAGGCGGAGGUAUGAUUGAGAAUUUCAUGAUGCGGCUAGGUAUGUAAUUUCUUUUAAUAUUAUAUUGUCAUCAGGAUUAAUUUUUUGAUAUAGAUGUACCAGUAAUCUACAUUUUGAUAUUACAGUACAUACAUGUUCUGCAUUGUGGAAUCUCAUUUACACCUUCCUUUAUGUAUACUUGUCUUUAGUUUGUGUAAGAAGUGUAGAUAAAAAAAUGUCACUAGUGAAGAGUGAGCCAGUUUAUGAUGGCAGUUUCAUUGAUAUUACAAGAAUAAUUUUUAGAUAUGCUAUACAGGUACAGGACUAAGUUAUUGAACCAUCAGUAUGGAGGAGGUACAGUUAUUUGUAUUGAAAUCUUUUUAUGCAACCACUGCAAAUUAUGAUCAUACAGGAAUAGUAUUUUUUUUCUUUUUUUUUAUAGAAUAAAAUGGGAAUAUUCUAUAAAACUUUGUAGAUGAAUAUAAAACAGCAAGAUACUUCAUAUGUACAGAAAAUGUUCAGAUGAGAUAUGUACAGAAAUUUUGACAAUGAGAACCAAAGCUACUAUUUUUCUUUAUUUUUUUUUUGUAGUAGUAGUAAUAGUGAUAGUAGGUCCUGUGCUAAGUAAGCAUUCCAAUGGUUAGUGGUGCCUAUAAGUUUUUGAACAAUGUGUUUAGGCAUGAUAUAUUCUUUUACACUAAAUCUUUUCUUUUUCUUAUUGUCCAUAUAUAUAUAACCUAGUUAAUUGUGCAAUAUACACACUCGUGCCUAUUUUCUUGUCUUUUUCAAAGUGCCGAGACACCACCUCAUUUAUGCAUUUGACUACAGUUAACAGUGGUAAUGUUCCUGUACCUUCCUUUGCCGUCACCCUCCAGAGUUUUUAUCUUUUUAUACAUAUUACAUGUAACAUGCUAUAACUGUCUUGUUUUGUAUUGUUAUAUAAAUAUAGAUGUAGUAACUGCUGUGUAGCAAGAAUACAUCCACUUAACUUGGGCAGGUGGUAUUGUUAGGUUUUUCUUGGAUAAAAUAAUUUUAUAGAUAUUGCUUCAUGCUUUUGUGCAUUACUGUUUUGCUAAAGUGAUAGCAUUAGAAAAAACAACAUAAAAAGAGAAAUAGUGGAAGAAGAACAAAAAAGGUUAUUUAAAAUGUAUAAAUAUCUAGCAAAUGUCAGUUUUUAUCCAGGAACAAUUUCUACACCAACAUAUUUUAUAAUGUAUAAUCUGUGAAUGUGAACAGUAUUUUAUGUAAGGGUAAUUAGUUGGUUAGUGAUUACAAGGCAAGUAAAAAUUUAUGUGGAAAAGUAGUAUUGUUACAAUGUCACAUUCUGUUAGAGUUUAAAUGCAAAUGUAUUAGAAUAUAGAGAAAAGAUAUUAAUAUGAACCAUGUUAAUGUUCACAAAGUGUGUUCACUGUUGAUGCAAGAGGAAGGACCUUGCAUGUGCCUACUAGAUUUUGUAGAUAAUUUUACAAGCCGUAAUCUUUAAGUUAUUGUUAUCAAAAAUAGUUAUAUUAUAUGGCAAUGUAAGAAUCUUUGAAACCUCUGAGCAUUGAUGAUGACAAAUACUGAUCUAAGAGUUGAAAAGGAAGCAUUCAUAUUUCAUAUUGGACUGUUUACAUUAUUUUAGGUUUCUUGGCUAGUUUUAAGAAUUAUGUUUACCAUGAAGGGGUUCUGACUUUAUUAUUUAUACUUGUAUUUAUUUAUAUCCCUUUUCAAAUGUUCAUAUUGAUGUUAUUCUAUAGUUUUCAUACAUUUUUUCUAUUUCUUUUAUUUAGGGGGGAGGGAAAGGGAUUGGGAAGGGAGUUACCCAUGGAAAUAUGGUAACCUAUUCAUAGUGUUAGUUUUAAGGAAUUAUUUAAUCUCUGUUUGAAAAGAAAAAAAAAGAUUAACUCACCUUUGGGUUUACUUGUUCUUAGGAUAAUAAGAACGAAUCACUUACAUAUUGUCAUUUGAUUUUAUUAAUUUAUUUUUUUCUUGGUGAAUGAAGUUAAUAUAUUGUGUGUCUGUGUAGUUGAGAAGUAAAUUAAGGCUGCCCAGUUUUCUUUAAGGCCGGGCUAAGGUGAACCAACCCCGGUGAAGUGGUCGUGCAUGUCCAAUAGCAGAGUCAGUGCUGAUGAGGUCACUCUAGAUAACCAAACAAGCAUUUUUUUUUCUAAUCGUUAUUAAAAUAAAAUAAAGGUAUUAUUAGUUUUUCAUUCAAAUUGUACAAUGAAUGGACUUAAUGCUUGUUGUAGCAAAAACAAAUUACCCAUCUGAAAGGUAGUUUUUAUUAUUAUUAUUAUUCAUGCUUUUAUGGUAUUUAGAUGUGUCAUUAAGGCAAAAUAUUCUCUUAAAAUUGGACGAGUAUGGCUAGACAAUGCUGAAACCUUUCUGCCAACACUGUCGGAUAUUUAUUUUGCCCUCUAUCCGAUAGUGACAGAUGGGGAAAAAAGGCUGAAGUAGGAUUAAGUUUUUUAUGUUAUUUGUGCAUUGUUCGCUUUCUUUAAUUCACAAAAUCUUUUUGAAUGGACUGCUUACCUAGUUAUUAUUAGUAAGAGUAGUGGCAUGAAGACUGUUGUAGCCACAACUUGACCUAUAUUUUCCGUCUAUGUAUUUUUUUGUUUUCUUUCUCCCUUAAUUUAAUCCUUUUUCUUUGUAUUCUACAUAAUCUUUCAUAUGAUUGUUAUGGUCAUUCUUAUUACUUGUAGAUUGUCCAUAUGAAAUUGAAGUUGCUUCCAGACUGAUGGUAAUAAACAGUACAUUAGUUAACAUUAACCAGAUACAAACAAUAAAAAUGCUUGCUGUAUAUUCAAAUAAAAAUGUAUAUUGAA